AUGUCGAAAACAAAACGUCGCCAUAGUGGCACGUCUUCAAGAGAGCCCGGGCAGCAUACAGACAAACCUUCUUUAGUCGACGACUUACGGAAAACGAUCCAACGCCGCUACCAAUUCGCAGAUACGGCAGAUGUCAAAGAGAAGGAUAAGAAGAGCCGCAAUAAUGAUCACGAAACUGUGACGGAACGAGGUAAAAAGCGUGAUCGCAAUGGCAAGAUCCUCACCCAGAGACACCAGGACAAUGUCCAGCAGGACGAGGCCAUUCACGGAGAAGCGGGGGAAUCAGGGGAUGAUGUCCUGGAACAGGAAAUGAAGGCCCUUGGUGGAACAUCCGAGGAUCUGGAACUCCUCGCAGAUGCAGACUCUGAGUCGGAGGUUGAAGGGACCACCCCCGAAGCGGAUCUGGACAAACUCGACAAGGGAAUGAGAAAUAUCCUUAAAGAGAUCGCCCUCGCCCAAGGAGAAGGCAGUGACCAUGAGGGUGCUUCAAGCGACUCAGACGGAGAUGAGGCAGAUGGCAAUAUCUUGUCUCCUGAGGGCCAGGGCCCGACUGCUGCCCCAGAGCGACAGGUGGGUAAGAACGGGCGGGUCAUGAAAUCGCAACUUAUCUGCGAACCAAAGCCGGACUGGUACAACAGCCCUGACCCAGAUGUCGACCGAACGAGCCCUCCCAAACACACUGUUUCUAAAGAGUCGAUCGAGGAACUCUACGAAUAUGCAAAGGCUCUUCUUGACGAGGACAAUAACAGCUUCAAAGAGUCGCAGCAGUCCUCGUCCGCCAAUGCUUUCUACAAUACCGUCAUCUCAUCAGGAACUCUGUCGGACAAGAUAUCAGCCCUGACCUUGGCCGUGCAAGAUUCGCCUAUCCACAACACCAAAGCACUCGAAACCUUGAUUGGCCUGGCCCGAAAGCGCAGCCGGUCUCAGGCUAUUGAUGUUCUCCGAGCGCUCAAAGACCUUUUCGCUCAGGGUUCACUUCUUCCCUCGUCAAGAAAGCUCUUCGCUUUCCAAGCCCAGCCUGCGAUCCCGUUUGUGAUUUCGAGACCAUGGAAAAGAGGGAACAAGCUGCCCCGUGGCCUUGAACAAAGACAUCUGGUGUCGUGGGCCUUUGAGAGCUGGCUGAAAGAGCAGUACUUUGAAGUGCUCAAGAUCCUCGAGGGAUGGUGCAAUGACGAGAUUGAGUUCUCCAAGGCUCGCGCCGUCAGCUAUGUUUUCGAGCUGCUCAAGGAAAGGCCAGAACAGGAGUCAAACCUACUGCGCCUCCUCAUCAACAAGUUGGGCGAUCCUGUGAAAAAGAUUGCUUCUCAAGCUUCUUAUUCGCUGAUGCAGUUGCUGAUAGCUCAUCCUGCCAUGAAGAUGGUCGUUGUGUCCGCCAUCGCGACAGAUUUCGUCUUCAGACCGGGACAAACCCUACACGGGAAAUACUACGCUGUAGUCACCCUCAAUCAGACAGCAUUGAGUGCGAAGGAGGAAGAUGUGGCGACGAAGCUGCUCGACAUAUAUUUUGGACUGUUCACCGACCUCUUGAAAACAGAUAAAGGAUCCGCAAAGACCGAAGUUGACACGAAGGUCGUGGAAAGCAAAGGUCGCAGGAGAAAGAACAAAAAACCCGAAAAGGAGAGGGGCCAGUCCCAGACUGAGGAACUUCGUGAGAAGCUCAUCUCCGCCAUCCUCACAGGCGUCAAUCGGGCAUACCCUUACACCAGCAACAGUGCCAGCAGCAACACAGCCUUCUCCGACCAUCUCGACACGCUCUUCAAAAUCACCCACUCGGCGAACUUCAACACGAGCAUCCAAUCCCUCAUGCUCAUUCAACAAAUCUCCCAUUCUUCCCAACACAAAGCCUCAAGCGACCGCUUCUACCGUGCCUUGUACGAAUCCCUUCUCGAUCAGCGCCUCAUCACCGCGUCAAAGCAGCAACUCUACCUGAAUCUGCUUCAUCGUGCUCUCAAGGCUGAUUUAAGCGUGAAGAGGGUCAAGGCAUUUGUCAAACGCCUUGUGCAAGUCCUGAGUCUACAUGAGCCGCCAUUCAUCUGUGGUGCUUUUUUCCUGAUCCAAGAUCUGGAGAAGACGUUUCCUGCACUGAAGGCCUUGACGGAUGAACCCGAAGACCAUGACGAAGACGAUGUUGAGGUGUUCCGGGAUGUUGUCGAUGAAGACGAUGCGAACGCCCCCAAUGCAACGGCAACGAAUGGUAUCUCCGAAUCGGAGCAGUCGCAGCGUGGACAUGUCUACGAUGCCCACAAACGCGCCCCAGAACAUGCCAACGCCGACAAUACGUGCCUCUGGGAACUUCUGCCAUUUCUCGCCCACUUCCAUCCUUCUGUGUCUGUCAGCGCCGACCACGUCUUGCGCCACCAAAACCUGCCUGGGAAACCUGACCUCAAUUUACACACGCUGUCGCACUUUCUCGACCGCUUUGUGUACCGCAACCCGAAGCUGUCAAGCUCUGGUCUCCGAGGCAGUAGCAUCAUGCAACCCAUGGCGACGGACAAUUCGCAAGCUGUGCUGAUUGCCGGAACAGUGCAUGGAAAGACGGAGGUCCCGGUGAACAGCGAGCAAUUCCGGCUGAAGAGGAGCGAAGAGGUGGCUGCCGAGGAUGUCUUCUUCCACCAAUACUUCACGAGCUUGAAGGGCAAGGCUGAGAAGAGGGACAAACAGAAGACAAAGGAGAAGAAGCGGCGCGAUGCCGACGAGGUGGACGAGUCCGACGCCGACGAGGAUGAGAUUUGGAAGGCCAUGAUGCAGAGUGCGCCGGACCUGGAGGGCGACGAAUUCGAGGACGACGACGACGUGGACCUCGAUAUGGCGGAUUUGGAGUCGGAUGAAGGAGGAGAUGUCGACGAUGAAGACAUGAGCGGGCUCGAAAACGAGGACGAGGACCAAGAUGAUAAUGAUGAUGACGACGGUGAAGGCGUUGACAUCGAUCCCGCUUUCUUCGACGAGGACGACGACGAUCUCAUGAUGGACGGGGUUGACGCUGACGGCGGGUCCGACUUCGCGGGCUUCGACGAGGACGCCGCGGCAGCACAACCUGCGUCGGCGAAGAGGGCGAAGAAGAGCAGCAAGCAGAGGCAGCAGCAAGAUGAUGAUCGCAACAAUGAAAGCCGCAGCAAGAAUCCCAAGAAGGCCGCCAGGUCGAAGCUGAAGAAUCUACCCACCUUCGCUUCCGUGGAGGAUUAUGCGAAGAUGCUCGAGGACGACGACGACAAUGAGGAUCUGUAG